UGCCUUUCCUGCAUCCCGCACAGCCCCCUUCUUCAGCAUCUCCGCAGUCACCACCUUCAUCUUGAUCAGCAUCAGCAUCAUCAUCGACUCGGCAUUGCGUCCUCCACCGCACUCCAGCAUCUGUACCGCGUUCAUACAGUCAGCCUCUGCCGCCAGCCAGCUCGCCCUUCCCUCCCUCACAUGCAUGCAAGGCACCGAAGCCUGCCUCAUCCACAGAGAAUUGUACAGGGUCACUCGGGGAGCGAAGCUCAUCUACAGCUUGAUCAAGCAGCAUGAACGCGCAGCUCGACGCCUCCGCCACCCCAUCCUCGUCCGGCUCGACGUCGCGUUCUCUCUCCUCGGCUCAGAUGAUCACCGUCCCCUCCUCCUCCUCCUCCUCCUCACCCACAAUCCCGAUCAUCCGCCCUCCCCCCUCCCCAUCCACACAUCGUCGCCAACGCAGCGGAAGCGCAGUCUCUGCCUCUUCCUCAACCAGUGGCUCGGCCCGACCAGGGCAACAGCGUCGGAUCAGCUCGUCCGGCCAUGUCCCGCGGCGAAGUAUCGCUCAUGGCCCUGCAGCGCUAGGCAUACACGAUGGCAACUCGUUGCUCUUUGAUGCGGACGAGACGGGAGCGGCUGGUCAGUGGGACGAUGUGAAUCUGGAUACGGUGGACGAUGCUGCUGCUGCUGCUGCUGCGAAGGGGUCGAGGAGAAGGGGUGGAUCCCUCUUCCGUGGUUGGAGUGGGUUGGGAAAGGGGAGGGCGACGUCGAUUGAGGAGAGGCGGGAGGAUGAAGAAGAAGAGGAGGAGAGUAUUGGGAUGAAGCAGUAUGAACCGACAAGCUCUGCAUCGCUGCCGCCACCUCCAGCCUCAGCGGCUCGCAGCAGCGAGGCUGAGGAAAGCGCGGCUGCUGGUAGGAGAUACUCACAGGCGCAGCCGUGGAGCAAUGACGAGGAGGAUGACGAGCGACUUCUCUUUGCUCAAACAGGCGCAGGCGAGGAUGAUGCCCAGCCUCUUUCCAACGGCCACUCCUUAUCGGCUCACAAGCCCACUCUGCCCUCCUCGCACAUCUACGAAGACUACGGCUCGGACGAGGACGAGGGUGACGAGGAGGAUGCUCUGCGACAUGGAGGUGGGGGUCGCAGCGCGCAAGGCAAGCUGCGCUUCGAGGCUUUGACUCGCGCCGAGAAAAUGAGCUACGCAGCUACCACCGUCGUUGUGCUUGGGCUGAGCAUCGUGGCGAUCGCCAUUGGAGUGGACUGGAUCGAUUGGCCGGGGGAUGGGAUUGGCAAGGACUGAACGAUGAAGCAAUGUCAUACGGCACUCUGGCAGGAGGCAUCUGCAUUGUACAAAUUAUCACGUCUUGAGCAGUGAAGGGAGGUCAAGAGUUCAUGCGCCUCGCGCCUCGUACACGCCUCACAAGGGUCUCUGCUUCUCCACCAACUCGAUACUCUGCACAACGUCCCCCUCCUUGAAGCCCGCAAACCCUCCCUCAAACGCCAUCCCGCACUCGGUACCCUUGCGCAUCUCGCUCACCUCCUUCUUGACGUGAC